CAUUCUACAUAUCACAUUGUCUCGUUUGGUCCCAAAUGGAGCUCAAAGUGUGGGUUGAUGGAGUGGUGCGGGUUGUAUGUGGUCUGUCCGAAGAAACGUCUUGCCAGGAUGUUGUCAUUGCUUUGGCACAAGCCAUUGGUCAGACAGGCCGAUAUGUUCUUAUUCAGCGUCUGAGGGACACAGAAAGGCAACUUCUAGCCACAGAGAGGCCUUUGGAGUCUUUGGCAAAGUUGGGUCAACAUGGCAAUGAAGUACAAUUUGUCCUACGACGAACUGGCCCUAGCAGUAGUGAUGGACCUAAUUCAAAACAAGACAGAGCUGCUCCCCUUCCACUACCGAGGCAACCUGAGCCUGAGCCUUUGAAUCGAAACCAACUUAAGAAAGCCCUGACCUUUAACUUGGGGCCAUCAACCUCACCCAAAUCAAAGGCCAAACAGGUGAAGAAGGCUCCUCGGGACUCAACAGAGCAAAGAGCCUCGCCAUCCUCUUCACCCACCCCUCGUGUGCCAUCCCCUGCCCCGUCACCACCUAUUGGCUCUAUUAAGGAGGAAGUUUUCAGAAAAGUUCUUCAGCAACAGGAGAGACUGAAAACCAUAGAAGGCCAUCUCGAAACCUUAGAGAGAGAAUCGCGUACCAGGGAGCGUUCUUACCCAUCUCCAUGUCCCUCACCAGUCUCUGAUGUACGCCUUCAAGAAGAGCUGGACACUUUGGAGCAGGUGAUGCGGAGAAACCAAGCUGAACUUGCACAUGAGCAACACUGGGAGGAGGAACUUCAAGCAGAAGCAGAGAGUGAGCAGGGUAUGAGGAGGAGGCUGUCAGAGCUUCAUUCCAAGCUGGACGACUGUGGACGGCAGCUUCAUGAGUUCUCGGUUCGCUCUGCUCAUCUGGAGCAAGAAAUCCAGCUGGAGAGCCAGGCAGUAGGAAAAGUCAGUGGGAUCAAGGAGUCACUUGAUGCUGUGAAGGAAGAGCUGAAGAGCCGAGAGAGGCAUGGGGCAGAGCUGGAGGAACAGCUGUCUGAGAAUGACAAAGCUCUGGGGAAAGCAGAGUCUCUGCUGCAGAUCAAACAGGAGGAGCUAGAGGACCUGAAUAAGGAGCUGAGGCAGUGUAACCUGCAGCAGUUCAUUCAGCAGACAGGUGUCCUGCCAGCGCUCGCUCACUCACGCACAGAGCUGCAGGAGCAAAUGGAGCAGAUGGAUCUAGCAGCUGGCCGCAGCGCGACUCCUGUGGAGUUUCCAUCUCGCCCCACUGCCAAACAGUUCCUGGGUCAUCCACGAAACCUGCAAAACCCUCUAGUGUCCAGUCUCAACCCUGAGGUCCUGACAUCCAGAGAGUCGUCAUGGAGAUAAAACAUGGACCGCAGGGCCAAGGGAAAAGUUGUUCACUGUUCUGUCACCAUCUCCUCUUAUUUAACUUUUUAUGUUCUAACCAUUCCAUUCUUUAUUCAUCAUUCACAUGCUUUAUAUAAAUAAGUCAAAUACUGUAUAUUUAAAGUUUUGCUACUGUAACAUUUCAAAUGAACUGUAUGAAUUGUAAAAUAAUUUAGGAAUCUUU